AUGUUCGCUAAUCCAACAAAAGAAAUGGGAUCAGCUAUUCCAAAGCAGGAUGAUCUUUUCUCUGCGGGUGACUGGCUAUAUUGGAAAUGUGAAUAUGAAAAGGCCCGAGAACAUUUUCAAGCUGUCUUAAAACAGCCAUCUUUAAGUGCUUCUGAUUUGGCUCGGUGUUACAAGUCAAUGGGUGCAGUUGAAGUUGAAUUAAAAAAUUAUGACGAGGCAUUAAAUAUUUACAAUAAGCAGCUUGGUAUAAUGAUGACCAGCGAUUCGCCUAGCACAAAGGAAGAUAUUAUAUCAUGCUACCUUUCAAUAGGUAAAGUCUAUUGGUUAAAACUUGACUAUAAUCAAGCUAUUGCUUAUCAUCAUCGAGCACUCGAAUUUGCUCGAGCUUCCGAGCUAUCUUCAAGUCAUAUUUCAACUGUUCACAAGAAUCUGGCUAACAUCUAUACAAAUGCAAAGAAAUUCGACUUGGCACUGGAACAUUUUCAGAAAGGACUUGAAAUUGAUCAUCAACAUCUUCGACAAGAUCACCCACAAUUCGGACAAACCUAUGCAAAUAUGGGAAUGAUGUACCAGUCAAAACAACAUUAUAAGGAAGCGUUAGAUUAUCUCGAAAAAGCUCGCGAAACGUGGCUGAAAACUUUUCCGUCGACUCAUGUUUCCAUUGAAAAGCUAGAAAAGACCAUUCGCAAGGUGAAAUCGAAGUUAGUGGUACUCCCCUGGAAAAACACUUUUGGCAAUCUUGUACUUGAAUCUUUGUUUUUGAAACAGCCUGUGAAUCCCUUCGACAUUCUUGCUCGAAGUAAUAUAAUGGUAAUUUGGCUUGAUGAAUACAUUGGUCGUGACGAAAAUUGUCGAGCACUCAAAAUGGAAUUUCGUCAAAUUACCAAUAAUUUAAAGAUGGUGGACUCUGUUGAUAGUUGUCGACAAUGCUUACCACAUGUGAAAAAUCGAAAACUUUUCUUUAUUAUUCAAGGCAAAUAUGCCAAAGAGAUUGUUCCUGAUAUUGUUGAAAUUGUAUCAUCAUCAAUGAAACCAGUCGUCUAUGUCUUUUGUUUGCAUAUGAUCUAUUUCAUUGAAUGGGCUCAGGAACAAGAAUGUGUAAUGGAAGGUGGUAUAUUCGAUCAUGAGAAAGAUCUAUUAUCUAGACUUACUAAAGACUUGAACGACUAUGUGAAACAAAAAUCGAUUGAAUACAAGCACUAUUUCCAACCGGAGCAGAUUUCAAAAUUUCUAGCGGAAUUUACGCAAAUUUUCGAGCGUUGCUGCCGGGCCAGAGACGCGAUCGCAUCUUCUCAUGAAGCCGAAACCAUCACUGCACAAUGA